GCAUAACAUAUAUUUUUAUAGAAAAACCAAUGAUCCCUACCCGGUUUCCUCUGCAACGAAAACGCUCAAGCUAAUCGAGGGACAGGAAGUGGAGGAAUUGAUCCCAUAUCCGUUCUUUGCUGAGAGAACUUAGUUCAUUUUCCAUCUCAACAGCUAGAGAAAAGAACAGAAUCUUCCAACGCUAGCUGAUAAAUCAAACGUUCAUAACCAAGUUCAGAUCGAGCGAAGGGAAAUCCCACGAGAAAAGUGUACUGCGGCAUUUUUAUUAAAUGAAUCUGCAAAAAGCCAAUCAAUCAUUAAACGAUAUACAGAAACCACCUUUUUAACGAGAAGCGACAAAAAAGUGAUUACCCAUGUUAUUGUAGACGAGUUCAAGGAUAGAUUCGGAAGACUCACACCCUUUGAACUACAGCUUCGAGCCACUGAAUUAGGAAACAUUUUUCCAAGCGAACCGCAGGAAACCUGGUACCAGCCUACGAGCAGUAAGGAUAGUAGCGGAAAUAAAAUAAAACUACGGAAGCAGGCAAAAAAAAGGCUCCACGACAAAAACUUGAAUUAUAAAUCAGUGAUCAGGGUUUGUGAAUCUACAGCACAGCAGCAAGUUCAACCAUCCGAGUGUAAUUCACCUGCAGUUUCCAAAGCACAACUGACUUAAUAUCAGCAAGUUAAAUCUUGGCUCGUGCACACCCAAGACGAAUGGGAAGAAGUACGCAGAAAGUGGAAAUUGUACAGUGUUGUACGCUGCCUGGAGCUGGCUAAAUUGGAAACCAAUACCUGCGCUUCUGUAUUGAAUGAGCUUCCCACGCUACGCAACCGCCAAGGAUAUCAACUCAUACAAUUAGAUUUCCAGGAGCGGUAUCCCGGAAAAGAUACGCUUUUAUUCGACCGGUGGUCAAGAUUCAUUGAUGCUAUUCGACCAAUAUUGGAUGUUGAAGUAACAGAUUCCGAAGGGAGGUCUCUCCUAGCUCUUUUCAACAGUGACAACAUAAAUGGAGAUGCCCGUGAUGCAAUCGUGGUUUCACUUAUAGCCUAUAUUUUUCCCAGUCCGAUUCUUAUCCUUCCAGAAAAGGUCCGUUGGAAACCAUCAAUUCAAGAAUCCAAAGAAAGUGUUUUUGUUUAUGUUCCAAAUCUGUCGUGUUUGGAAGCAACUCUGGCACGGUUGUUUGAUGCAUGGCGUAUUAAAGGAGUGCCUGCAGCACCUUUUAUAGUCGUAUUUGGAGAGAGUGAGACGAACCUCACUGAUUUCAUACUUUGGAACGACACUGUUUCAUACAAAUUUCCAAAUUUUUUGAAGGCACUAGACAUCUGCCUCAAGUUCUACAAAGCAUACGAAAUCGAUUUUCCUCGACAAUCUAGAGCUACUUGGACUUUUUUAUGUGAAUGCUUAUUUGAUUUCACGUGUAGCUCUGAUCUUGCGAACGUUAAAGCGUUACGUUUAGCGAUAGGCAAUAGAAUCUACGAAAAAUGAUCUCAUGCAUUGUAGAGCACUGCAUGUGGCAGACAACAUCACUGCAUCGAUUCUAACUGCCAUAUUAACAACAUGCAUAGCAACAUACAAUGUUUUCGAUGCAACAUCGACAAUUGCACGAGGAGCUACAAUAUAAGAGCAUCAUUCAAUAGACACUUUAAGAAACACUUUACCACCGCUGAAGAGAAAAUAUCAAUCCCAAACCACAUUGCUUCGAAAGAAAACGUCAAAGAAGUCACAAACAGUGUUUCUAAUUCAAAUGCCGAACUCAAGUCAUCGACCGCAGGAGCAGAUCAAAUGAUUCGAAGCAAAACACCAUUGACAUCAUUAGAAGAAGGUUUGAAUAAAAUUGACGUAAUCGAUCCUGCUGCUCUAACAGAGCAAGUGGAAAAUGUGAUACCCGGUGUGAACCCUAAAUGGUUGAGCAUGCCCACGGUUUCUAGGAAAACUGUUUCUGAAUUUCAAAAUGAUUUUAAUCAAAAUAUAUUACGUCAGUUAAGGGCGAUUAUUAUUACAAUGUCGUCGAUUGGGUAUAUUGCCUCCGAAGGAAAACAGAUAUUUGAACAAAUCUUUAAUAUGUUUGAUGACCUUAACUCUGAACACAAAUGUGUUGGAAUACUCAAACGAUAUGACUUGUUAAUGGAACCCAGAGAAUUUUUAAUUAGUAACGAAGUACGUGCAGGCGUGUCGCAAAACAAACAAGAAAUCAGCAAUGAUUCCGUAACUGGUUUAUUGAUGCCUAUCAAGUUUCACAUGAAAAAAUAUCUCGAAGCUGAAAAUGUUUUGGAAACAAUUUUGAAAUACCUCGAGCCUUCUAGUGAUGGUUAUAUCCGCAGUCUCGUAGAUGGUACAAUUUGGCAGGAGAGAGUUAACAAUCUCAAAUCCAACGUGGGCGCAAAUAUAGUGCUACCAUUGAAUUUAUUUUUCGAUGAUUUCACAACAGGAGACACCGCUUCGCCUCACGCCACUCGAACCUCUAUCUGUGGGAUAUAUUAUUAUAUUCCUAGCCUGCCAGGUUAUUUACUAGCGAAACUUGCCAACAUGCAUGUAGCCGGAUUCAUUUUAACAGAAGAUAGAAAACGAUAUGCAAAUGACGAUUUAUUUUUUAGUCUCAUUGACAUGCUAACUGAACUAGAGACAGACGGUAUUGAAAUCAACUACAGGAACAGCACAAUGAAAAUUAAUUUUAUGUUGGCUUUUAUAACUGGUGAUAACCUUGGACUUUCUGGAGUACUUGAUUUAGUUGAAUCCGUUCGGGCCAACUUCUAUUGUAGGAUGUGCAAGCGGAAUCGUCAGGAAAGAGAAACUGAUUGUAUUGAAUACGAGAACAGUUUCCGGACAAUUGAAAGUUAUGCAGAAGAUAUAAAAGUUAAUGACACAUCGGUGACCGGGAUAAAGCGAGAAAGUAUUUUCAACCGUAUUCCAUCAUAUCACAUAAUAAAUAAUGUUUAUUUCGAUUUGAUGCACGGUGUAUGGGAAGGCAUUUGCGUAUAUGUAUUAGGACACUGCUUAAAUUAUUUCAUAAAGAUAAAAAAAAAUAUUUACUCUCGAGGAACUUAACUUUAGAAAAAACACGUUCGUUUUUGGAAACCUGAGCUCUGGUAACAUACCGAAUGAUGUAAAGGAUUUUAGCAUUAUAAAGGGAAAGUUAAAAAUGACAGCGAGUGAGAAUAAAACGUUUAUAACUUUUUUCCUCUAAUAAUUGGAGAGUUAAUACCUAAAGACGAUAAAGUUUGGCAUUAUUUCUGUGUUUUAUUGAAAAUAUGUUAUUUUUUCAUGUUACGUAAAAUACCCCGUUAUUUAGUACCAACAUUGAAGGAUUUAAUUUUCGUUCAUCAUUCACAGUACCAAACAUUGUUUAAUGAUACGUUGAAACCAAAGCAUCAUAACAUUACCCAUUACGCUACUUUUUUACUAUGCUCAGGCACACCUCGUCAUCAGUGGACUAUGAGAGGAGAAGCCGAACAUAAAGAUGCUAAGCAAUAUAGCAGAGUUAAUAAUAAUAAAAUUAAUUUGUGCAAAUAACUUGGGAUUAAAUAUUGCUAUAAUUCUGCAAACAACGUCAUAAACAACAAUUUUGUAACUCCUUCUAUCGAUCUUAGUAAAUCUAAUAGAACAAGUCUCAUGGUAUCUUCUAAAUACGAAAAAAAAAAACAUAAAAUUUUGGUCGAAACAAGUUAGGACGCUGUCGUUUCAAUGGAAAUGAAACUUCAACUCAAAUAUAUUUCUAUUUGAAGGUUGUUCUGUCAAAAUUGGUGAACAAUCGCGCAUAUUGUUAAAAUAACAGCAAGCCCUGGUUAUUCUAAUAAUAAUUUUGCAUAAGCCUCCGAAUAAACAAAAAUGCUGUUGUUUGUAACUCUCUUUUCUUUUGAUUCUACAGUGUUUUUUUCUGCGUGUUAGCACGUUCGUUUU